UAAGCAGAUGAAUUUUACUUUAAGGACGCUUGAGUUUUUAGCUUCCUGGCUAUCUGCUUUACCAUUCAGUAAACUGUAAUGCUGAUUUUCCAGUGGUGUGUGUUUGUACAAAUCACAUCACACCCAAGCAGGUAUGCUACAGUAGUAUUUGGAGUACUCUCAAAUGUUAGAAUGAAUGUUUAAAAUAGACCUAACAGAUAACUUCUGUGUUACUUCUGCUGACAUAACUGGGGGCAAUCUAACUUUAGGUGAUAGCUGAAUAAAUAAGCAUGCACAGCCUGAACAAAAUCUUUUAGAGCAUGAUGCUGUGUCUAAUUACCAAUAAUAUAGGUCCUUCAACUCUUUAUAUAUUGUUCCUUCCCUGCAGAUACUUAUCUGUUUAGGUAGUAUGCUUGACGUACAACUCUGUUGUAUUAAGCUUGUGGAUCUCUGACUUUCCAUUAUCUGAAUGAUUAGUAAAGAAAGCACACACAUGCGGAAACUUAUAUUAAUUUAAGGUGCGGGACUCGAUUCUUUGCAAAAAAAAAAAACCCGAAGAACAUAGGAAAUGGACUAGGUUUACAUCCAUUGCCCCUAAAAUUUAUCUGUUCGCUGCAAAAAUUGGCUUGAAACGCUACUGGAAUACAUAGCUAAUCAGCCUUAAAUAACUAAUUACAUGCAUGAAGAUCCAGUUGAAAUGGUCCAUGCCAUCCUUUAGUUUAUUAUUGAACUGAUGGUUGACUUAAGAAACUAGGGUACCUGUUUAAUUGAAAUUUGAAACCUAACCAGAAUCACCUAUGGCAAAUAGAGGUCAUCACCUCAAUUGACUAAGUAAAGUAUUGAGAUUAAGCUGAAGAGAUACAUCCUUGCGUUUUGUGCUGGCCAGAAGAGGUUAGGAUCUGUAUGAUAAAAUUGUUAAUGAACAACUUAUCAGGUCUUUGUGAUCAUAGCACAUAGGGUUGAGCAGCCAAACAUCACGUUGAAGAUAUCCAUUGUGUUUUUUUUUGAGUAAAAGAAGUUCUCUCGUGAUUAGGAAUUAGGAUAUGAUUGGAAAGAACAAGCUCGCAGUUUGGCCUAAGAUGCCGAUUCCUUUUUUUUUUUGGUCCUCCUUUUGCCACGUCGAUACUUGGUUGUGCUGUUUUAAUAUGUGGGUAGGUUAAAGCGACAACAAAGGAGACUGACGUCAAUCAUGCACUUUAGGUUUAUAGCAACGUCAAAAAGGUAACUGACCUCAUUUAUGCUCUUUAGGAUUAUAGAACCGACAAAAAGUUAACGGCCUCAUUUAUGCAGUUUCCGUUAAAGGAAUCAUGAGAUGUCGGACUUUAGAUUGUCACAUUGUUAAAGCUCGGACACAGUAAACCUGCCUCAAAUAGACGACAAAUUUCACCUUUAUUUCUAAUGAAUGUGUAUUUCUUGAAGAAUGUAAAAUUGAGCCAUGUGACGACAAGGUUAAUCGCUAAUGUUGGAAACCUAAGACUCUUCGCAUUCAUUACCUGAUUUACUAGGGCUCCAAAUCAAAGAGAAGGUUACGUUUCAUUUCUUGGUGCAUUUAUUCACUGACCAUUGUAUUUUUUUUCCUCCUUACAUGGAUGUGUGACCUAUAAAUUGGUGGCUAUGGAGGGACAGACUUUCAAAUAUUUAUGCUGGUCAUGUAGACUGUGUUGAACUAGUUUUGAAAGAUCAAAUUCUAGAACCUUUAUGCUGCUCUUUGUUUUCAGGCUUUUCCUUGGAUACCUUGUGCUGCUUUAUCAGCGGGAGAAUGAGAACAUUCUUGCUUCUGAAGUUCAAUGCUUAACUCCUAUGUAAGAGGGAUCAUGGAUCAGCUAUAAUGUGUUAAACUUUUUCCGGAACAUGCAAUGGAGACUGUUUCGUCUGAGAAUUUCAUUGCUGAUCCAACUCUUCAACUGGAAAAUGAGGCAUUCUUGCUCCAGGAGUUCAAUGUUUGAAAGGUAAGGUAAACAUAGGCAAGCUCCUCGAUCAAUAUAAUGAGUUAAAAUUUUUCCAUGACAUGAAAACGGAGACUAUUUUGUCCUAUAAUUUAUUUUCUAAUGGAUGCGUAAAUUAUCGAGUACAUGCAACUGUAGAUGCAUUACCAUCUUGACGAGCAAUGUUUUUUUUCACUCGAUUAAUGAAAGUUAGGAACGUGCAGAGUAUGUGUUGAUGGACAUUAAUCAGAUAGAAAUCUGCUUCCUUUUAUUGGGCUUGUAGGGGUUGGGGGAGGUGUUGCAGGUUCUGGGAAGGGUACGUGGAUGGAUAUAUUUGUAAGUGUAAGAACUACUUUUCUACCUAUGAGAAGUGGUGGUACUGCUUUGAAGCGAGUAACUUUUGUUGUUUUGGACCUCAUUCUUCAUAUAAGACGUGUCAUUGUAGAAAAUGAAUUCCUGAACCGCAAAAUUAUUACGUGGCCAAAUGUCCUGGCCUCUGAGAUUUGCAUGACAUUAAUCACAACCUACCGCAAGAUGAAAUCCUUGGAAAAUAAAUCCUAGUUAUUUUAUGUACAAUUUUCUUGUCUCUGGGAAAUUUUAUCUAGAGUAAGUUUAAUACUUUUGGAACUUUUACCCAGUUUUACAGUGUUAUAGCCUAUAAAUAGUCCACGAUAUGGAGUUCUGAAGUGCAAAACAAUUUCUCUGAAGUCCCUACAGGUUUCUUACCCUUCAUAUAAAGUUGCUAUAUUUACUUUCUCCAGCUGUUUCACAGUGCUUUAUUUGAAUUGAUCAGUAAUUGGAUUAGAAACCUAUAAGAAACUGGACGCAUAAAGCUUUCCUGGAAUUCUAUUUUCUGUAUCUUGCUUAAAGCUAUCAUAAACUCCAUCACCUGUAUCUUUGCAUGAGUCGGUUCCUGUAUGUGUCUACGUUUUCUUUUGAGUGUCCUGGAACCAGUUUAGCUUCAUUUAGUUGUACUGAGUUCUGACUCGCUAGUUCACUAGAGGGCUGAUUUUCAGGCAAAAUACUUCUUAUUUCCAUUUGCACCAUAACAUUUUCUCCAGCACAGUUCUUUUCCUUCCAUUUUUUCUGGUUCUUUUGAUUUCUAUUGUGGUUGUAUUAAAUAGGAAGCUGGUUUGAACAGGUCCUUUUGGCCAUGGAUCCCAGGCAUUUUCCAACUGGAGGCGAGGGUGGAAAUUUUCACUCAAUGGACAGAACGAUUUUCUCUCUCCUUGCCAUUGAGCUCUGGCGUGAUCCUUAUGAAUCGGUGCAAAUUCUGGCAUUUUGGCUAUUGUUGGAGCGUCUGGGAUUCAAAAGGUUUAUCUUAUUUCUGCUGUCUUUGCACCCCCCCAAGAUAGGUGAAUUUGCUGAUGAGGCUGUAACAUGCUUGCAAUGCAUAAAUGACUUUCGGUUUGUCAUUCCACCUGAUAUUAAUGUCAUUCCAUUGACAUCUAGCAUUUUCAAUAACAAGAUCUCUCUCCAAUAUUUUCAUGAGAAUCGAGCCACGAUGGCAAGGGAACUUCAAAGCAUCAUAACUGAAAUUUGUGCUAAGGCUUUGCCAGAUCUCAUUGACGAUGCUCUCAGGAAACAUGCUACAUUCGACGCCUUGACUGAUGAGUUGGCGAGCUUGGGUUUUGUCGAUGAGAAGCCCCGGAGCAACCAUCGUGCUGGCACAUCAACCCAGGAGAGGGCCGUGUUCAUCACCUUUUCAAGGGGGUAUCCUGUCAGCGAAGCAGAAGUCAGGAGUUUCUUCACUUCCCUAUUUGGGGAGUGCGUUGAGGCCUUCUACAUGCAAUCUGUGAAUAGCCCUUUUGAUCAGCCUCUCUAUGCUCAAGUUAUUUUCAGCAACCCUGCAACCGUCGACUUGAUACUCAAUGGCGCCGUCAAAGCGAAAUUCGCAAUCAAUGGGAAGCAUAUGUGGGUGCGCAGAUUCGUGCAGAAAUUCCGGAAUUUCCCAUAAGACUGCUUUUGGAAAUAAUAAAACGCUGGCUUGUUUUUUUGUACUUUUCCGUUCCCGUGGGUCUGAGUCUUUGUGCCAUUUGGUCAUUUGAUGUACUUAAGAUGUACGGUCAGUUUCCUUUUGUGUUAGUAUGUUGUCUGUUUUUUGAGUCGUUUAGUCCAGAAAGUGUAUUCAAGUGAAUAAUAGCCAGCAAAAUGAUGUCAGGACUGAGAAUCCUUUUGCUUUGAUGCUUUUGGAUUUCUUCAAGUUUAUAUAAAUAAAUAAAUAAGUUGGUUGCAGCAGA